AUGUGGCAUCAAGGCAGUAGUACAUUUUACGUUGUAUGUGUUCAUCAAUUGACUAUCGAGGAGUGCCAAGCAUUUGAAUUGCGCGAUAGUGUUACGUGUAAUUCAACGUUUGAAAAUGAAAAAACUGUUAUAUGUUUUUGGGCUUUGUCUAGUUUUGCUUUAACUUCUCAAUGUCGUGCAGAUGAAAAUACAGCAAAGCAAGACGAGGCUGAGCCUGAACCUUCGACUGUUGAGGAAGACAUUGGCAAGAGCCGAGAUGGAUCAAAGACUGAUGAUGAAACUGUUCAGAGGGAAGAGGAAGCCAUCAAACUUGAUGGGUUGAAUGUUGCACAGAUGAAAGAACUUCGUGAAACAGAGAAGCAUGCUUUCCAAGCCGAAGUCAGUCGCAUGAUGAAACUGAUUAUCAACUCAUUGUAUCGCAACAAGGAGAUUUUCCUCAGGGAACUUAUCUCAAAUGCAUCCGAUGCCUUGGAUAAGAUUCGCUUUUUGUCACUCACGGACAAGUCUGCAUUGGCUGCCACUGAAGAAAUGUCCAUCAAGAUAAAAGCAGAUAAGGACAACAAUGUGUUGCAUGUAACUGACACAGGUAUUGGAAUGACAAAAGAAGAACUGGUGAAGAAUCUUGGUACCAUUGCAAAGUCAGGAACAAGCGAGUUUUUAUCCAAGUUACAGGAUUCUCAGGCAGACAGCGCGAAAUCCAGCGAUUUGAUUGGCCAGUUUGGUGUUGGUUACUCGUCGUUCUUGGUUGCAGAUCGAGUCAUUGUAACAAGCAAACAUAACGAUGAUAAACAGUAUGUCUGGGAAUCGGAUGCUGCCUCGUUUAGCGUCACCGAAGAUCCGCGUGGUGAUACGUUGAAACGCGGUACGACCAUAAGCUUGCAUCUGAAAGAGGAAGCUCGCAGUUUCCUCGAGGAACACACGAUCAAAGAUUUAGUGAAGAAAUACAGUCAGUUCAUCAACUUCAACAUCUAUCUUUGGACGAGCAAGACCGAAACGGUCGAAGAGCCGAUCGAAGAGGAAGCUGAACCGGAGAAAAAAGACGAAGAGAAGGCAGACGAAGAGAAAAAAGACGAUGAAAAAAAAGACGAUGAAAAGAAAGAUGACGAAAAGAAAGAUGACGAAGAAGCAGAAGUUGAAGAGGCAGAAGAAGACAAAGACAAAGAAAAGAAACCGAAAACCAAGAAGGUGGAAAAAACAACUUGGGAUUGGGAAUUGAUGAAUGACACAAAACCAAUUUGGUUACGUAAGCCAAAAGAAGUGAGCGACGAAGAUUACAGUAACUUCUAUAAGUCAUUCAGCAAGGACAGCGAUGAUCCACUAGCAAAGGUUCACUUCGUUGCCGAAGGAGAAGUCACAUUCCGAUCCAUCCUGUUUGUCCCAAAGACUUCCCCCGGUGGUAUGUUCAACGAUUACGGCAAGCAUACAGACCACAUCAAAUUGUACGUGCGCCGCGUCUUUAUCACGGACGAUUUUCAAGAGAUGAUGCCGAAAUACCUUGGAUUCGUAAAAGGCGUCGUUGAUUCGGACGAUCUUCCUUUGAACGUUUCCCGAGAAACGCUCCAGCAACAUAAACUGCUUAAAGUCAUCCGCAAGAAGUUGGUGAGAAAGGUACUGGAUAUGUUCAAGAAAAUGUCAAAGGACGACUACAUCGAGAAAUUCUGGAAGGAGUACAGUACAAAUGUGAAGCUUGGUGUAAUCGAGGAUCACUCGAACAGAACGCGUCUUGCAAAACUGUUGCGUUUCCAGAGCUCCAACAGCAAGACCGAUUACACGAGUCUUGCUGAAUAUCUUGAGAGAAUGAAGGAGAAGCAAGAAGUCAUAUACUUCAUGGCGGGCGGUUCACGUGAGGAGGUGGAGAAAUCUCCAUUCGUGGAACGGUUAUUGAGGAAAGGUUACGAGGUCUUGUAUCUUAUUGAGCCGGUCGAUGAAUACUGCAUACAAAGUCUACCCGAGUUCGAAGGCAAGAAGUUCCAGAAUGUCGCGAAGGAAGGAUUGAACAUCGAGCAAUCCGAGAAAGCAAAGAAGAAAUUCGAAGAACUGGAAAAGACCUACGAACCUUUGUUGAAAUGGAUGAAGGAUGACGGACUGAAGGAUCUAAUCGAGAAGGCAGUGCUCUCUCAGCGUUUAACAGAUUCUCCCAUGGCUUUAGUUGCAAGCAGCUACGGAUGGUCCGGUAACAUGGAGAGAAUAAUGAGAUCUCAGGCGUACGCAAAAGCCAAAGAUCCCUCUCAAGAUUAUUACGCCAACCAAAAGAAGACAUUGGAGGUGAAUCCGAGACAUCCGCUGAUCAAGAAACUCUUGGACCUGGUGGAGAAAGACGCUUCUGAUCAAUCUGCAAAAGAUUUAUCUCGUUUGAUGUUCGAAACUGCAAAUAUGCGAUCUGGUUAUCAACUUAAGGAUUCCUCUGAUUUUGCUUCGCGUAUCGAGCGCAUGCUUAAAUUAAGCAUGCAAAUGGACCCCGAUGCCAAACCUGAAGUAGAUGAGGAAGAUGAAGAGCAGGAGGCCGAUGAAAGUAAAGAGGUCGAAGCAGAAAGCGAGGAAAGCGAUGAGAAAUCGACUGAUUCUGAAGGAGAGGUGAUAAAGGUGAAGAGACGACGGAAACGGAUACAACUAAAGAUGAACCGGAAAAAACGGAAGAAACUGCCGAGGAGAGCGGUAGCGCUGGCGAAGAUGAAACAGUCGAUGAGACAAAGAAAAAGACAGAGUUAUAAACACUGUCCACGGUGAAUAGGAUAAGAUCUAGUGAAGAUGAAAAACAUUUAAAUUAUUUCUUCGAUAGCAACUUCCCGAUCUCGUGACUCUCAAUGUUUUCGAUAGCACAAAUGAUGUGGAAGACACAACCUAGUCGUCGAAAAAUUUUAAGAGCGAUUCUUUAAUAAGUGUGAACGCAUAUCAUCGUUUCAACCGUUACGUGUGUAUGGAUGUUUACUGUUUUAUUUUAUUUGAACGUUUGAAACCUUCAGUAAAUGAAACGUGUUAACGAAACUGAUGCGUUUCGUGUGUCUUCAAUAUUUGCAGUACGUUUCAUGUGCUGGAAAUGCGCUAUUGUAUACGUUUGAAAUUAAAAUAAGUUGAUAAUUUGUAAUAAAUAGAGCACUUGA